CUCGUCGUCGUCAUACGUGGUGUGUGCGCGACGCGAUAAAGCGGACGCGCGACGCAGUGCGCGGCCGAGGAGAUCUAUCGUGAUUCGUGCGUGUGUGGAGGAGUCGCGCGUGUCCGGUCGGGCCUGCCGAUUGGCAUCGGAAUCGACGCGCGCGUGAUAAGCGUGCCUCUGAUAAUCGCGCGAGAGAUCGCGAAAAAUCCCUCCCGGCGAGCGCGGAGCUUGGGUGCGGAGUCGGGAUUGUCGCGAGGCGCGUCGACGCUCCCCCCCUUCUGCCUGUCGCUGGGGCACGUCGCGUCGCGACGCGAAUUUCGAAGAACCGCCGAAAGACACGCUGUUACAAAUAAUAACAUAUAUAUACACGUUGCAACCCGAGGCUGCAUGGCAACGCCGUUGAAAACGUAAGAAGAUGUCCAGGAAGCGCACCAGGGAAGAAACUAUGCUGGCUACUGUGUCCCAUCAGAACAGCGUCAAUGGCGAGAGCGCGUCCUGCUCCAGGGAAAAUUCUCCCGUUCAUGCCUCAAUUUGUAAAGAGGCACCCUUUAGUGAUGAUCCAGAGGCUAUCGCAGAGAGGAACGCAUGCGAUUAUAACACGCGAAUUACUUUAAAACAAGCAAGAAGUGGCAAAGUUCCUAGAAAAAUUAGAGUUUAUGCCGAUGGUAUUUACGAUCUCUUUCACCAAGGACACGCACGGCAACUUUUACAAGCUAAAAAUAUUUUCCCAAAUGUAUAUCUUAUUGUUGGAGUGUGUAAUGAUGAAUUGACACAUAGCAAAAAAGGAAGGACUGUAAUGACAGACUUAGAAAGGUAUGAUGCUGUUAGGCAUUGUAGAUACGUUGAUGAGGUUGUUCGAGAUGCGCCCUGGGAACUUGAUGAUGAAUUCCUGAAAAAGCACAAGAUCGACUUUGUUGCUCAUGACGAUAUACCGUACAUGUACGAUGAUGGAGCGGACGUUUAUGCUAAAUUAAAAGCUAAAGGUAUGUUUGUAGCCACGCAGAGGACGGAAGGUGUCUCCACGUCGGAUAUAGUCGCGAGGAUAGUCAAAGAUUAUGACAUGUAUGUCAGGAGAAAUCUCGCACGGGGGUACAGUGCGAAGGAACUUAAUGUGUCUUUUCUCAAUGAGAAAAAGUUUCGCCUACAAAACAAGUUUGAUGACCUAAAAGACAAGGGGAAACGAGUAAUGGAAAACAUCGGCGAGAAACGAAUGGAUAUGAUAAGCAAAUGGGAAGAAAAAUCUCGGGAUUUUAUCGAUGCUUUUCUCUUGCUCUUCGGUAGAGAAGGCAGAUUGUCAACAAUUUGGAAUGAAGGUAAAGGUCGCUUAAUGCAAGCAUUAUCUCCACCGGCAAGUCCAAAAAGGGACGGAAGUCCAAGCAGUAGUAACAGUAGCCACAAUGAUGAAGACCAGACAAGUCCACCACCAAAGAAAACAGGACGCUUCGAGUUUUCACAAAAUAAUCACUACUUAAGUGAUGAUUACAGUGAUGAUGAAGAAGAACAUCUACACUCCAAAUGAUAACUAAUUACAUUAAAAAUGCAUAUAUUCUCUCUGACCAAAACAAACGUGCAAUUUUAUUUAUUACCUUGAAAGUUUAGAUGUAUUUUCAUACACGAACUGCUGAUGAUGCUAUGCUUAAUCGAUUUUGUAUGGUAUUAACUAGCACUAGACAUUAAACAAAAUUGUCUGUUGUGA